UAUUUGGUAAUUUUGAAAACCACAGGUCCUCUACCCAGAGGGCAGGGGAAGUUGCUUCGAUCGCGUGCCCAUUUUCAACCCCGCUUAUGUACCUCUGCGGCCCCUCACAGAGGGAAGAAAAGGGUUACGGGAAAUAAGAACACGGACCCUAAGCCUAGGAACGAAGAACAGGUGGGAAAACCCUAGGGUCUGGAGAGCCGGGUGAGAUGAACCAUGGCGAGGUCGGCCGAUCCAGAGGCAGCGGAGGAGAUCUGGGGAACGCUGGAGGAGCUCCUCCUCGCGUUCGCCGUGAGUCGGCAUGGGACUCAGAGAUGGGACUCCGUGGCCAUGGAGGUCCGGACUCGGAGCCCCUCCACCAACCGCUUCCUCUUCACGCCGGAGGGUUGUAGGAAACGGUACCGCAAACUCCAGUGCCGUUUCUCCGCCGCCGACGGGGAGAUCGGCGUCGAUAGAGACGGCGGCGAUGGGUGUGGCCGGCCGGCGAUGGAGAUCCCCUGGCUCGAGGAGCUGCGGAAGCUCCGCGUCGCCGAGCUCCGUCGCGAGGUCCAGCGCCACGAUGUUUGCAUCGUGUCCUUGCAAUUAAAGCUAAAAAAUCUAAACGAAGAGCGCGAAAGGAGUCUCCGAGAGAGGGAGGACGGCGAACCGAAUCUAAACCACAAGGAGGAGAGAAAGGACGGCGAAUCACCGGGAUAUGUGAACGUCUCAGACCGGAUCUCCGGUGAAGAUUCCAGCCGUUCGUCCAACUCGACCAAUCAGAAAGAGGAGGACGCGAAACCCGCCGCGGGAUUUGGGGAAACGGAGGCGGCGCCGGGGGCCGAGGACCAGAUAGCCGAUCCGGCCGCUGGCGCAGACGCGAAGUCUGCCGGGGAGGCGUCCUGCAACGGGAGCUCCGACACGAUCGCGAAGGCCACGGUCGAGGCCAACCCGCCGCGGCCGCCAGGUCUGGGCGAGUCCGGCGAGUCCGUAGCCGAGUCAAAGGGCGGCGAGGCGGAAGCGGAGGGGGCGAAGGAGACCAGCGACUUGCAGAGCUCGGCGAGACCGUCGAGGCGGCCGCGGCGCCUCUGGCUGCGGAGGAAGGUGGUCUCCGGCUGUAGCAACGGCGGAAACGAGCCGGAGGCGGACGCCGUGUCCCCCGUCGGUAAGCGUGUUGCCGCUGAAUCCCAGCCGUUGAUCGCCUUCCUCGAGGUCAUCCAGGCGCACAAGUACGGAUCCGUUUUCGAGCGCCGGCUCGCGAGCCAGGAGAGCCUCAACUACCAGACCCUGAUACGACAACACGUUGACUUGGAGAUGGUGCGCGCGAAGAUGGAACGCAGAGGGUGCGCGGAGGCGUACACGAGCGCGGAGUUCUUCCGCGAUCUGCUGCUGCUUUGCUACAACGCCAUCGUCUUCUACCCGAAGAGUUCCCCCGAGUCCAUCGCAGCCGUCCGUCUCCGUGGGCUCGUCUCCAAGGAGAUGGCCAGAACCAUCCGGAAGCCGGCCCGGCCGCCGAAAGCGGAUGAACCCACCCCACCGACGCAUCUUCUUCCUCCGCCGUCGCCGCCGGUUUCUGGUUUUCAAUCGGAUCCGGAUCGUGUGAGCCAACCACUCGAGAAGCCGACCUCAUCGGGUCACUUUAUUGCUUGCCGGAGACGGAGCUCCCUUUCCGGCCGCGCGGCGGGGGAGACGAAGAGGGGGGAGGAGGACAAAGAGAAGCUCCGAACUGUUCGGAAGCAGCGAGAGGUGGAGGAGUACGAGACCCCUUCCAAGAAGAGGAAGAGGGAGAUAUCUGCCGUGUCCGGGUCUAGAGGCCUGAGGAGCCAGAAAAAAGGUGGGAAUGCGGGAAACAGGGGCAGCGGAGUAUCGAAGAGCCCCAAUCCUAUCUCCACUUCGACGACUAAAUCCAUCGCUGUCGAGAAUUCAGCGGAAGCGACGGCGAAAUCAGAGAAGAAUAACGGAGGUGGCGAAGCCGUGUCGGCGUCGAAGAGAAAGGGUGCGGGGGAGAUCAUGAAUCGGAUGAAGCGGAGCUUGCCGACGUCCAACGGAGCGCUACCGAAUACGCGGAGGAGCAGCGCCUCCUCCUAUGACGGUGGGAAGGGGACCGAGCAGGUGAAGAAUGUCGGGCGUGGGGAUCGAAGAAACCGUUAUUCCCGUCACUCUUCCGGCGCUGCGACGUCGAAGCGGGCGGCGAAGCUGAGCACCCCAGCGAAGAGGAGCGUGGGGAGGCCGCCCGGGAGGGCGGCUGCUUCGCCCCCUCCCCGUCCGGCGAAGAAGGCUAAGGCAGAAGCGGGAAGGAUGCUACGGAAACGAGCGAGAGGGUGACUGUAUCUGGGUGGCAAAGUAUGUAAAUUUAUGUACCGUGUUGAAGGCUUGGUUUUGUCGCAACCGUCUCCUGAUAUCCUUUUAUUUUAUUUUUUAUGUAAU